AUCUCCAUAGAAACGUGUCAGUUUCAAUAGUAGUGUCAAAGUUCACUAUAUACAGACAUUCGCGCAGAUCCCCGUUUCGGAAACAUUGCUCCGCUGGUCUUCCCGUUUAAACGCAUUCAUUUUGGGGUCUCUCCUCCUUGCAUAUUCUAUUAGUUGUGUUUUUUUCUUUUUAUCUCUUCGCGUUCGCUCCAUUCCUGCUGGAGAGGUGAAACUACAUGGGCACUUCGGCGACGCGGUCUUUUUGCUGGGCGAGAUGAGGUUUAUUUAAGAAUAUAGAUGUAAAAUCCCGCUCAUCAGUUUUUCCUCCCCUCCGACAGCGAAGACGGGAGUAAGGAGCAAGGAAGAAAGGAGAAGGGAAUUUAUUUCUCGCAGCACUUUGGAUCGCGUGUGUUUUUUUGAAAGAUUCUAUGUUAAUUUCUACGUCCAUGUGAAUCGCUCUUGUCUCCUUUCUGGCUAUUUUAUACCAAACUGCAUUUGUGUUACGUCUGGCUCGCUUUUUCUUCAGGAUUGGGUUCCUGAAUGGCUGACUGCAAUUUACCUUGGAACUGGCCUCCCGAUGCUUGCAUAUCCUGAUCGGGUGCCUAUUCUAUCGCCUCCUGUUUUUUGAAUGUAUUGAUCGUGUUCUGCGCCCUUCUUUCUCCUAUGAGAUUGUUUUCUACUAUUUGACUUUGCACUGUCGUGUUUGAGAUCUUUUUUUUCCCUCUCCCUCGAAUAAUAAAUCCCAGCGAUCAGUUCGCUUUAUAGCACUUUCCGGGCCCGAGAUAUGGCAAUGGUAGUUAGCGUCUGGCGAGAUCCGCAGGAAGACGUGGUCGGAGGACCUCCAAGCGGCCCCAAUCCAGCAACUCAGCCGGCGAGGGAGCAACAGCAGGCGGCGUCGGCAGCACCGCACACUCCGCAGACCCCGAGUCAGCCCGGACCCCCGUCAACACCAGGGACUGCUGGAGACAAGGGGAGUCAGAAUUCUGGACAGAGUGGCGCACAGCAUAUAGAAUGUGUUGUUUGCGGAGACAAAUCGAGCGGCAAGCACUAUGGUCAGUUCACCUGCGAGGGAUGCAAAAGUUUCUUCAAGAGGAGUGUCCGAAGGAACUUAACGUAUACAUGUCGUGCCAAUAGGAACUGUCCCAUUGACCAACACCACCGAAAUCAGUGCCAGUACUGUCGGCUGAAGAAAUGUUUAAAAGUGGGAAUGCGGCGGGAAGCGGUUCAGCGAGGACGAAUGCCUCCAACCCAACCGAACCCAGGCCAGUACGCGCUGACAAACGGGGACCCUCUGAACGGCCAUUGCUAUCUCUCCGGAUACAUCUCGUUAUUGCUUCGGGCCGAGCCUUACCCGACGUCCCGAUAUGGAAGCCAGUGCAUGCAGCCCAACAAUAUCAUGGGUAUCGAGAACAUCUGCGAGCUGGCGGCUCGCUUGCUCUUCAGCGCCGUGGAAUGGGCGAGGAACAUCCCUUUCUUUCCCGAUCUGCAGAUCACCGACCAGGUGUCCCUUCUCAGGCUGACGUGGAGCGAAUUGUUUGUGCUAAACGCGGCUCAGUGCUCCAUGCCUUUGCAUGUGGCCCCUCUGCUCGCCGCGGCAGGCCUCCACGCCUCUCCGAUGUCCGCGGACAGAGUCGUGGCUUUCAUGGAUCACAUUCGAAUCUUCCAGGAGCAGGUUGAGAAACUCAAGGCCCUGCACGUUGACUCGGCGGAGUACAGCUGCAUCAAGGCAAUAGUACUCUUCACAUCAGACGCUUGCGGCCUGUCAGAUGCGGCACACAUCGAAAGCCUGCAGGAGAAGUCUCAGUGUGCCCUGGAGGAAUACGUGAGGAGCCAGUACCCUAACCAGCCCAGCCGCUUUGGCAAGCUCUUGCUGCGGCUGCCCUCUCUCCGCACCGUCUCCUCGUCGGUAAUUGAGCAGCUGUUCUUCGUCCGCUUGGUAGGUAAAACUCCUAUUGAAACCCUCAUCAGGGAUAUGCUAUUAUCCGGGAGCAGCUUCAACUGGCCUUACAUGUCCAUCCAAUGAUCCGAAUGAGAGUGACAAAAAAGAGAAAAAGGACCAAAAUUCAGCAUCCCGUGCCAGAAGACGAUAUAUAGGACCUUUCUGAACACGUUGGAAGACACGACAUGUUUUUGUCUCCUGGGACGAUCUGAGAUGGAAUACGUUAUGUACAGAAAAUAUGGAACUGGACUUACACCUCUGUAAAUCCACUCUCUUCUUCAAGAACAGUACUCUUCAUUUUGUAAAAUACUAGUCUUUAUUUUCCUUUUUUGUAAAAAAAAAAAAAAAAAAACCCACAAAUAAAAUGAAAAACAUCAUAUGCGCAGUAAGAAAAAAAAGAAUCAAGACUUAGCGGGAAAAUAAUGUUUCCAAGCAAUUAUAAGAAAUGUCCUGUGUCUAUGUACCUCUCUGUUUUGUAUUUUUUCUGGUUCUAAACCAGCUUUUCUGUGAUUCUAUACUAAUAAUUUUUGAUAUAACCUUUUGCUUCUUAUAAUGAGUGCGAUAUAUGUUGUCGAAGCUAUGUUCUCCAAGAAUUAAAAUUGAAGUGAGAAUUUAAAACAGAAAAAUAAAGAAAUUUAGACAAAUAAGAAACAAGUCUAAUCGCUAUGACAAUAUCACCACUGAUGGUUGAACUUUUUCCAAUUGAUACUAUGGACCUGCAACUGCAGCAUACUGACCUCGUGGACAUUUUGAGGAGAGGACGUCUGUGGCGCCUUUUUCCUGGUCAUGAGUGUGUGUGGAGUCGAUCAUCAGUCAAAGAGGAGAGACAUGAAAAUCAAAAGCACUUUUAAUAUAUCAUUUCAAAUACAUUUUGUUUGUUUCGUCUUGAAAUUUUCAUUGUUUCUUGAAUUUUAUUGGUUGUUGCCUUCAAUUUGCUUACUCCAUAAUGCAGCUUUUGCAGAAGGGUCGGUUGAUGAAGUUGUGUGAUGGUGACUGUACUAUUAAAAAUGAAAUAGGCAACAAUGUCUCACUCUCAAGAAUGUUCAUCUGAAGACAGAGGCGCGUUUGCGCUCAUUGUAUGGCAUAGCAUAUUGCCAAACCAAAUAUGGGGGUCCUCUUUUUUCUUUUCUUUGCGCCACUCUACUUCAUACACAUGUUUAGGCAACCUUCUGUAUUUUCCAUAUAAGCGUUUUCCAGUGUUGUCUUGCGUAAUUACUCUAAAUAUUAAAAUUCAUUAUUGGCA